AUGUUGGCAAUAAAAUCUUUGUCGCAAGAAUUAAUAGAUCUGCACAUCAAGUUGUUGCGAAAAACACGUAAAUCCGUGUCACCAGAAAAGUGGGAGAGGGCGCUAGUCAAGUUUUGCCACACGUACUCUAACCAGGAUGGAUGGGAACUUGAACGCUUCGGUUACAAGAAAGCUCGCAUUGCUGUUAAACUGCGUUUACUUAAAGUAUUAUUGGAAACACAAUUUGACUUAAAUCAAAAGUUUAAGAAUGAAGUAAACAAAUUGGCAGCUAACGAGUUGCGUGUGGAACCUUUAGGAAGGGACAAAAGUGGAUUAGCGUACUGGUGUCAGCUGGAUGAAGAGUGCAACAUAAGAGUUUAUAGAGAAGAUUUAGAUGAAGAGAAUUGGGAAUUAGUAGCUCAGGAUCGAGAAGGUGUUGUUAAUCUUAUAAGUACCUUGUCAAAUGGCGAAAUCGGAGCUAUACCAAUUAAUGAGGAUAGCAACAGUUUGGAAAUCUCUGAGAAACCUAUAAUUGACACUGGACAAGUAACAACGUCUCCAAGUUUAGAAGACGAAGUUGUGCAAGAAAACGGCGUUCACGAAAUGAAGCAGUUACCAAAUGGUAGAAGUGAUGAGUUGGAGGAUGAACGAGAACAUGAUCAAGAUCAAGACCAGGAUCAAGAUCAAGUUCAGAAUGCUACCAUUAAUGAAAUCGAAAAAGAAGAAGUUGAUGAAGAAGAAGAUAUUGAUGCGGAAGAAGAAGAUACGACGAAUGAUGAAAGUUCCAAGCAGAUUACGGAGGAAGACGAUUCUCAAGAAAUGAUACAAACUCCGAGCACAGAAUCAAGGUGUACAAAUGAUUCAUCUUCGUCGGCGACUAAUUUAAAGACGCUAAACAUGAAAGUGGCAAAAUUAGAAGAUGCGAGCCACAGAGAGACUGACAAAAUGUCCGCUUUCUUGGUAUCAGAAAACAAACCCUUAAUAACACACAAGCAGACCGGUGUUAUAAAAGCUGAAGUUGAAGAACCGGCACCGUUAAAAUCUAUAGAAACGCCUGUUAUUACUUCGUCUCCAUUGAAACUAGUAAAUAUUACGGAAUUGAAGCAGCCGCCAGAAGAAAAGUUAGUAAGCCCGACAUCUGUUAUCGCGCCCUUAAACGCGAUAAAGAAACACGGUCCUUCCGACGAGAUAAAGGCUCUCGAGAAAUUGUCUAGCAAAAACAGUCUAUCUUUCUCGACUACAGAUUCCAUUUCUGUGGGGCACAGUAAACUGUCUGUCAAACCAAUCGACCAAUUAGCUGCAAAUCUUGUAAGGAUACAGUCAGAGAAAUUGGAGAAGCCAAGCGGGCCGAAAUCGCUGGAAAAGAUUGCAGAAACUUUAGCAAGGUCUAGUAGUAUAUUGGGAAAUAUGGUAAACGGAGAGGAUGAUAGGCUGCCACAAGAUUUUUGCGCGAGAAAUCAAUCCGAAAAGUCGGCAACGCACAGGAGUCAUAGAGGCAUAGACUUGUCAACGUCACCGCGUGGUUGGGAAAACGCAAACGAACAAAAUAGACCGGUGGAUUUCUCUGGAAUUGAUCUUUCUAGUCGAAAAUUGGGAAAAACAAUGGAUUUGCCUUCUCCUGGUUAUAGGACGCAAGAUUUCCAGCAUCGAGAAAUGGAUCUGAGUACGAAGAAGGUGAACAAACCAGAAGUAUCGAAUCUGCCAUACGAUGCGCGUAGCGUAAUGUUACGUAAUCAUGUGAUGGUGGCUGAUUUGAGCAAGAGACAAAUGCCGUUCACCGCGUACGAGACGCCGUAUCAUAAUACAGCUAGAUUACCUGCCAAGGACGAGCACAGAUUACCAAGUUAUGCGAUACUUUCCGAUCCCAGCAAGAUCACGACGCUGAGGAUGAACAGUGCACCACUGAAACGUCCUAUAGAGGAUGAUGACAUACAGCAAGAUAUGCUGAAGAGGAUAAGGGCGGAUGUAAUUCCAAUCAGGGGCUCUAUAGACAAGAGACCGAUGAUGAGUGGCAAUUGGAGAGACGAGGUGAGUGAGGCUAUAGAGGAGCCUAUAAUGAUGGUUCAAGGCGAGGGAUCUGGCAGCGACUGCGACGCAGUAAAUCCCAUGGUUGGAGAGGCUAUAGAGGAACCGACGACUUUUUUCUACGGCGAGGGUUCUGGCGCCGAAUGCGGAACGGGUAAUCCCGGGGACGACGCGCCUACUGACAAUAAAGAAAGCAACGAAUCAAAAACUGAACCUGACUCAGCUACCACGGCGCUGUCGCAGAAUAAGGUUUUAACUGAAGACGAGAUAUCUACGGGUUCGAUACUGUCGAACAAAACCCCUGUAAAAUUAAAUAGAAAUUAUCCACAGUCUAAUGUAAGCGUAAACGAUAAUUGUCAAAUAGUAGAUUCUAUACAAGAAAAGCCAAAGUUUAAGCACACGUUAGGCGUCCAGAUAAUACCUAAAAGUACAACCGGUCCUGUCAAAAGGUUGUCCAGGUGGGACGUGGGAAAACCAGAAGAGAAGAAAGAAUGUGACAGUAGUAUCAUAUCAAAUGAAGGAGACAUAUCACUGAAGAAAAAUACAGAUGAUCAUGAGCAUGAUAAUGUGGAAGAGAAGCUGCUGAAUGUGGAUGCUGAAUCGGCCAAAACUAGACACGAGAAUUCCGCUGAUGUGGAUCAAGGCGUUAAAGUAGAUGAUAUUGUAAACACAGACAGUGAGGCCAUCGAAGAUAGUGUUAAAUUACAAGUGCCCGACGUAAGUUCGGAAAAUAUAAGUACGACGAAACAGGAAAGAGACUGUAUGCUUCAAGAGCUUGUGCAGUGCGACUCGUCGAUAUCGUCGUGCCAAGCGGACAUUUUGCAAGAACCUGAACCAUGUACAGAUCCUGAACCUACGACAGAUUCAGCCAUUACACAAAACUUAUUUGAUUCGAGUAGCAUGGUUUUGCGCGAAUCAGAUACUCUCGAAAUAACGAAUAACGAAUGCAAACCAGCAGCUGCAUCUCCGCCGAGAUUUUUUUUUGGUCCCAAUUGCAUUUCGUACACUUCAAAAUCCGAUGAAUUAGGAUCUCAGUCGGAACAAAGCCUGACUACAUCCAUUCACGAUAAAACGGACACUGUGCAAUAUGAAUGCGUAUCUUCGUCGAAGUCAGCGGAUGAUACUGUUUGUUCGUACAAGACGGAAGAUUUUGAUUUGACACAAACAAACAAUAAUUCGUUGAAAUCAGAUGUGUUUACCUUGGAAUCUGACAGUGUUUUAUGUGGAAAUAAUAGCAAAGAUAUCGAAAAAAUUGAAGCGCCAAGUAACAUAUGGGAUCAAACAAAGGAAGAGAUUUUGACGCCCAAUAGCUCAAUAGAUCCAAACACCGCGUUCGAAUACAAUGCUGCUAGUUCAUCUGUCGCGCAAGUUGAAAUAGAAGCGAGCGAAGAGUCAAAUGUGCAAGAAUCUGUUUGUAUUGAUAAAAAAAUGGGAGAGGAUGACUGCACAAAAUUGCAUACAAGUCCUACGUCAGAAGUGGUAACUGAAAGUAUUAAUGACAUAAGUAUGACUGAAGAAGAUUCAAUUAAAAUCAGUUCGAAUAGCGAAUCCAAUGUUCAGUCAGCAGAAUGUGGGAUUAUUGAACCAUCGCAAUGCGAUCAGUCUAUCGAUUCUGAAAAUCUUGUAAGUACAGAGAGUCAAGAAGAUUCUUUUAAAAGAUCGGACGAUGUGACAUCGCAGCUAUUGGAUGAUAAAGAGGAUAAACUACUGGCCGAAGACUCUAAAAACGAGAGUGAUUAUCAGUCUGAUAGUACAAAUGUUUGUAAGGAAGAGCAAAACAGAAUUGAAUCCGAGACAAUGGCGCAUUCGUCUUUAUCGUCACUUACACAAAAUUCGCAAGCAGAGCUAACUGAUCUCAGGGAAUUCGAGAACGUUAACAAGUCGAACGAAUCAUUAGAUUCGAAUUCCACGAAUAAAGUGGAAUCUACGAGUUAUCAGGAAACAAACAGGCUCGAGAAAACCGAUCUAGAUUCCAUCGGAGAAAGUUGUGAUAAGCAGAGUGACAAGAAUGACAAUUUCUCCGAAAUCGAUGGCCAGGAAGAUCAUUCAACCGACACGGACAAUGAGAAAAUGAAAGGCCUGACUGGUUCUGAUGCUGAUUCGUUAUGUGUUAACUACGAUAAGAAUAGCGAAAGAACUGAUGCAUUAUCUGAUGUAGGAACCCAGGAUGAUGGGUCAGGUGAUUCUGAAGAAAUUAAAGAUAAAGGAUUGAACGAUGUGCAAGUUAAUGAUACUGUGUUCGGUAUACAUUCUGAAACACAUUUUCCUGAAAGUUCUGUGGUGACUAAUUCGGAAUCGGCUCGAGAAAGUGAUAAACACAAUGUAGUUCCUACUAUAAGCAGUUCAGACGAACUUGCCUCUGCACAAGACUCUUCAUCUCAAGAGAGCGAGCCUGUGCGAAUAGAUGAUGAAAAAGGUGGAAAUACUUCGUCUGAUACUGAUAAGCCUUCUACGUUCAAUAUUUCGCCUGUAACGGUGCCUGAAACGAAUAUUUGUGAACAGUCUGGUAGUGUCGAAACUAUGAAAGAAAUAAGCUCAUCUAAUUUAGUUCAGUCUACAAGCGAGUACGCGGACAAUGUUUCUGAAAAUCCCAGUUCUUGCAUUGAUCAAGAUUCGAAUGGUGAGAUGGUUAUAGAUGAUCGUGUGUCUGAAUCGAACGAAUCGUAUAAAGAAACUGAGGAGACUGCAACGAAUGAUGAAAAAUCAGGAAAUACAACGCCAAAAGAUACAGUGCAAGAAGAUACAACGCAAGAAGUUACAACGCAAGAAAUUACAAUGCAAGAAAAUACAACACAAGAAAAUAUAAUGCAAGAAGAUAAAAUGCAAGAAGAUAAAAUACAAGAUAAAAUGCAAGAAGAUAAAGUGCAAGAAGAUAAAGUGCAAGAAGAUAAAAUGCAAGAAGAUAAAGUGCAAGAAGAUAAAGUGCAAGAAGAUAAAAUGCAAGAACAUACAAUGCGAGAAGAUACAAUGCAAGAAGAUAUAAUGCAAGAAUCAAUAGAAAUUGAGAAAGAAGCUCCAGUUCUUACGAAUAUUGAACAUGAAUCUUGUCAGUCUGAAAUUAACUUAUCAGUGACGAAAACUGAAAUCUUGGAAAAAAAGAAAUCUGAAGUUGAUGCAGAGAGCAGAGCUUCUAACGAUCUUAAAGAAUUGACCGUAAAAGACGAGAGUAAAACUUGUAACACCGAUCAACAAGAUACGAUGGUUGCAGAGGAUGUCUGUAAAAUUGAUGUAAGUGAAGAAGUUGCUGAAAACAUUACAAACAAAAAAUUAGAGAUAGAUACAACUGUAACUGUCGAACAAUCGGAAGCAAACACUGUAGAUAUAAUUUCUCAGGAAUCACAAAUAAAGGUCAUGAAUGUUAACAAACAGUCACUAGUUGCGAAUUAUGAUAGCGAUUCCAAUGAUAAUAGUAGUGAUGAUGUUUUCGAACCUGAUGUAACACAAAUAAACGAUUCUCAAGAUUGUGCUGUUCCCCCGACAGAGCAAAAAAUGGAUGAAGAGCAGUAUAAAAAAUCAUCUGAUAAAGAAAAAGAUAUCGACAGCACAAAUUUAGUUUCUGAUGUGUCUCAAGAACCAGAGUCUACCGAACAACAGUUAGAACCUUCAGAAACGGAAGUAUUGAAUCAAGAUGUAACUAUAAUCACAGAGCAAGACAUAAAAAUUAAAGAACAAAAAUGUGCCGACGAAACACAAGUCAAAUCUACCUGCAAUAACCUUGAAUAUCGUUCUGAUCAAUCAACAAUGCUUUUAAGUAAGGAUGAACUUCAAGAAGAAACGAAUAUUCAGGAUAUUCCUACUACUGAUAAUUCUAAAGUGUCAGAUGUGAUGAAGCUUUCAGUAGCUCCGGUCACGAUUGAGGAGACAACUGAAUCUCUUCAAAGCAAAAGUUUUGAGAUGACUAUCGGUCAUAGCGAGAAAAGUAAAGAAUAUCUCAACAAUUCGAUUGAUAAUACGAAAACAGUCGAGAUGCAAGUCACUCGAGAUAAUCUUGAGACAACGGAAGAUUGUUUAAUAUCUGAAAAUGAUUUCAACGAAAACGAUGCAAAUAAAAGCACAAAAGUUUCGCUUACUCGAGAAAGCACGGAAUGUAAUGCUACGGACAAUCAAGUGACUGACGUACUUCAUAUAACAGAGCAAGCAAAAAAUGUGGACGAGAAAUUAGAUGUCAAUUUAGAUAUCGAGAAUAUCGCAAAGUCGAAGAGUAUAAAUGAACUUAAUUCUGAGGAAUUGCCUAUUCCGUGCAAAAGAUUUAAAGAAGAUCUCGACUGUGGUAAUGAAGACAAUAAAUGGGACGAGAAGUCGCAAGAAGAAAGUUUGACUAAACCGUUCACGGAAGAGGUGAAUUUACCAUUGAUUCAAACGGAAUCAGGUAUUAUGCUAGUAAAGUUGGAUAGUACUUUAGAUGUGGCUAAAUCACACACGUGGAAAACUGAGAGUGCAAGUUUAGAAGGAAGCACGUCUUUGGAUGCCUUGUAUAAUUCAAAUUCAAUGUCCACGAAGAUGGACAAUGUUAAUAACUUGGACAGUUGCAACAAUCAAAAUGAGCCUUUUAGUAUAAACAUGAAUGUAAAUAAGAUUACGGAAAAUUUUGAUAAGAAUGAGCCUUCAGAUGCAAAUAAUGAAUCGACAACAUUUUCCGCUCAGAAGAUUAUUUCAGAAAUUGGUACUGUAAAAUCUGAUCCAAAGAAAGAAGCCAGUAAGAGGCUAAUCGAUGUCUCGGAUAUAGAAGAUGUUCCUCCGUUAAAGUCUAAACCUCCGAAUAUGGAAACCGAUGAUAAGAUACUGGAAAAUUUAACAGAUUCCGAUAUGCAAACGCCUAAGACUUUAGAUACCUCCAAUGAGACCGAAAAGUUAAAGCUACAAACCGAGAAUGAAACGAGAUCAACGAUCUCUACAACGCAAUUGUUUCAAAAUGAUUUCGGUAUGGUAAACGAUUCCGUGGCUGUUGCCGAAGAUUCGAAGAAGGUCGAUUUAGAAACUGCAGAGAGGGAAGAAUCUUCCGAAAUUCAGGACAUCGAGAUGAAAAAUAUUUCUGAAGCUUCUGAUGAUUCGACAGGCGUGGAUAAUGAAGAUGUUUUUAAUGUACCGGAAGAAACAGAUUCCUUAGCAUGUACUGAUGACGCUUUAAAGAAUAUUACCGAAGAUGCGACUGAUACUUCUAAGAUAAGUAUUCGCGUAAAGCAGGCAUCUGAUUUGGUUUAUGAAGGAUGGAAAUUGGACAGCACUACAGAAACGCCAAAGGUCUCGCGAAAGCGGCGAAACAGCGCUCACGAAUCGAAUUCCGAGGACGGAGCAGCGAAGCAAGAAGAUGAAGAGAUGAUGGGUGGCAAAAGGAUGAAGUUACGCGCAAAACGUUUGCCGGAUAAAGAAUUACGAAAGUCCAUCGAGGAAAGUCGUGGAGUGGCGAUGAGCUCCGAGGACGAGGCUGUGAAAUGUGAUCCUGAUAAUGCAGCGGAGCACGCGAAUAAAGAGGGCAGCGGUGGUGAUCCGAAUAUUAUGCAAACAACGGCGAACGAUAAAAAGAUUAGGGGUCGUCCUAGGGGUAGAAAGAGGCGUGGUUUCCGGGGUGGUGGACGUCCGAGUCGGUCAAAACUCGCAGAAUUUCAGAGCGAUCAGACGUCGCCUGGUGCUCAUCCUGAUGAAACACCUAACGAUACCUUAAAUACAGCACAAAAGAAACGGAAAAAACGAAAAAUGGUCUUAGGCUUAGAAAUAGGUAGAGAUAUCUCGUUGGAGACGGAAACACCAGUAACAGCACAGGAUGAAACGCCUGUUAGGCAAUCAAGAAGAAUAGCGCAAUUGAAAAUAAAGGAACAAGCAGACAGGCGUAGAAUCGAGGAGGAAUCUAUGCGUGAGAUAGAAGAGAAAAAAGAAUCAGAAAAGAAAAAAAGAAAGAAGCAGAAGCCGGAAAGCGAGGAGGAAGUUAUCAUAAAAGAAAUUGAAAAGGAGAAAAAGUCCAAAAAGAGACGUCGAAAGAGGAAGAAAAAGAAGAUGCUCGCUAAAUUUAACGAAGCGAACCCAUGGCAGAGUUCAUCUGGAUCUAGCAGUGACGAAGAGAAUGACAAUGAAGAUGAAGAAGAGGAUAUGGACGAAGAUAUGGAAAGCGAAGAAUCUUUAUUGUUUAAAAGUGAUCAUGAAUUUUCUCCUGAGAGUGAUCUUGAAAAGGAUCAUGAGCCUCAACCUUUAAGACGUGCUAGAACAGCGCAAAAGGCCCAAAGUGAUGUCGAGGAAGCUGAGGAUGAAUAUGCCUGUCAGAAAUGUGGCAAGGCUGAUCACCCCGAAUGGAUUCUUUUGUGCGAUUCUUGCGAUAAAGGUUGGCAUUGUUCCUGUCUCAGGCCAGCUCUUAUGCUUAUACCCGAAGGCGACUGGUUCUGCCCUCCGUGCCAGCAUACUUUAUUGGUGACCAAAUUACGGGAGACUUUAAAAACACUAGAUCAGUUAACAAAAAGACACGAGAAUGAAGUGCUACGAAAGAAACGAUUGGCUUUUGUCGGCAUAAGUUUGGAUAAUGUACUUCAUAAAGGCGAAACACAACACGGAUCGAAAGGAUCGCAAGCAUCCAGUCAAGAAUCAGACAACGAAUCUUCAGAAUCUUCUUCGUCGGGCACCAGUUCCGAAAUAUCGAGUAGCGAGGAAAGUGAGGAGCCAGUUUAUCAGUUACGAGAACGUCGGUGCGCCAGCACCUACAAGUUUAAUGAAUAUGAUGAUAUGAUUAAUGCCGCAAUUCAAGAUGAAGUUGAAGCAGUUCAAGGUGCUGGCAAUCAGGGAAGAGGCAAGGAUAUUGCAACGAUUGUUAACGCGGAAAAGGAAGAGGCACAGGCUGAAGCGUUAAAAUUGACGCAGUUAGAAGAGGACAAGGAUGAUACAGAAUCAAAGCCGGAAAAAGAAAGUGAUGAAGAAUAUAAGAUUGAGAAUGAAGAUGUGAUCGAUGAUAUAGAAGAGGAACAGAAUACGGUUGCUAGGAACAAAAUACGAUUGUUAGCACGUAAGAAACAUCGGAAGCUGAAUAGCCUUGACAUAAGCAGUGAAGAUGAUCCAGAUAGUGACGAAGAUUUCAAGGGUACAAGCUCCGAAGAAGAGGAGGACUUUGAUGAUCAUAUCACAUCAUCUGAUGACAGCACCUUUGCCGAUGUAAAACGACGUGGUAGAAAGGGCGAUUCGCGACCUGUUAGAAGAUCUACUAGGGCGCGCAUGACUAGGGCCUACGAUGAUGAUUUUAUUAACGAUGACAGUGACGAGAGUGAUCGACCAAAGAGAAAGAAAUCGCGAUCUAUGUGGGGAGAUUCGGAUAGUGAAGACAGCGAUAAUUCGUGGAGGCAGAGAAAGAAAAAAAGCAGAACAAUAUCAACAACAUCCAGAGUCAGGACAGUACCUAAAACAAAGGGCAAAAAGAAAAAAAAGAGAAAACGUAUAAUAGAAUCUGAUAAUCAGAGCGAAAAUGACGAAGAAGAUGAGCCGAAAAUUGAAGCACAAUGUGAACCUAAUUUACAAGACUUCAAUACCACUCUAAAUGAGAUAAUGGACGUUAAUAAACAAGAAAAUUUUGAAACUUCUUUAGGCGAAGGCAAUGUUGAAAUAAAAGAUGAUAGAUUACAAGAAGAACCAAUAGCUGCAGCAACAGCAGCAGCAACUGCUGCUGCUUCAGAUGUCCCGAUUCCACAAGUUCAGCAGCCGUCAGAAAUAGUACCAAUUCAAAAAAUCAAAAAGGAUAUUGUACCUAAACCGAAAAAAGCUCCUGCUAUUAGACGAAAAAUUAUUUAUGGUGGACUUCCAGACGAAAACAAACGAGAAGAAGAAGAAAUAUUAAGCAGACGGACUCGAGGACGAAAGAUCAAUUAUCGAGAAGAAAUGGCGUCAGAUAGUGAGGAGGAGCUGAAAAAAGCAUUGAUGAUGAGAAAGACUGGUGAAAGCGAAGAUGAGUACGUAAUGAAUGAAGCUGAUGAUAUAAAUGAUGAUGGAGAGAAGGAUUCUGAUUCAGGAGAUAAUUAUAUUCCUAAGAAGGAUGCUCUAAAAUUUAAGAAGUCAUUGAAGACAAAGAAAUCACGUAAUAGUAAAAGCCCUGCAGCAAAACGUAAGUCAUUAUCUGAUGACGUACCGAAGCAAAGAAAGAAACCUGGACCGAAGCCAGGAAGCAAGAACAGAGGACGCAAACAAAAAUUGAAGGAUGACAUGGAUGGAGACAUGAUUGGCGCAGUUAUGGACAAUCCUAUUGGUGACAUAGCAUCUAAAAUUGAUGAGAAUCUUCCAGAUAAUGUAGGACUGGCAGGCACGACGAUGUCAGUAGCAAGUUCGUUUACCGGAGACGUUCCUGAAGGUUCAUUAACAGGUCUUGGUGCCGGAGAGUUGGCUGAUCUAGAUGAUGAGCAGCUCGAGCAGAUGAUGAUGGAUGAAGAGUACGGACGUCGACAGCUGGAGUUAGCGGCAAUCGAAAUAGCAAAGAAGAAGAAAAAGGAGGAACGAGAAGCUAAGAAGUUGGAGAAAGCGCGUUUGAAGGCUCUGGAGAUACUAGCGGCAGAGAGGCAGAGAGAUUCCAACGCACCCGAGGGAACGGACGGUGAGGUGCCCAAGAAAAAGAAGCGUGGACGUCGCAGCAAAGCCGAGAUCCUCGCUGAACAGAUGCGCAGGGACGGUGCGUCAAAUCUGGGCAUCGCGCCGGCUUCGGCCAUCGGUGGAGUUGGUACGCCGGAUGGCGUGAGUAAUAUGUCACACAACAUGAAUCCUGGUACCUUAUCUACGGGUCUAACGCCAGAAACAGAUAGGAGCGUCGAAGGAGGACACAUGCCUCUUAUGACUGGACCAGAUGGACAACUUUUCAAUCCGGAUGGCAUUCCAGUGAAGCCGAAACGACGAGGUCGCGGCAAAGGCAAGAAGACUCUUGCAAUGGAGGCGGCUAGAGCCGCGGAAGCGGCAGCUAAAGCCGCGGCGGAAGUUGGUUUGAUCGGCAUGGGUACUGACUCGAAUUCAGAUAUGAAACAGAAUGAUAUACCAAACGUUCUUCCUACGCCAGGUAGUAGUACAUCUGGUUCGGCGCCCUCCACACCACCAGCGAGUACCGUACCUACACCAGGCCCUCCAUCGACGCAGUCGCCAAAUUCGCAGCCAGUUUAUCCAUCAUUAUCUGGUCAACAGUCUUCCGUCAUCACAAGAAUGCUUCAGUCCCAACCGGUUUCCAGCACUCCACAGUCAUUCACCGCGGCGGCGGCAGCGAUGGGUCACAAAUAUUUCGGUGGACCCAACGCUGGUGGACAGAUAAUGGGUGGUCCACGAACGGGAUACGAGAUGCAACCACGUGCCAGGAUCCCGUCACCUUAUAGACAGGCGGGUCAAUCAUCUAUGUCACCGCAUUUUGCCGCGGUCAGAUCGGGUACGCCACCAAUGCGUAUGCGAGUACCCGGGCCGCAAAUGUAUCACACGCCACACCAUCCAAUGGACCCAUCCCCAUCGGGUGGCGGACCGAUCUCCAUUACCAAUAGAGAUCGCAGUUCGCCCUUGACGCCCGGCGGACCGGCGAUGAUUCCACCAUCGGCCGGCAGUCCACUGGCCAAGGGCGGUCCAACGCCGCCGCCGCCACCCCCACCAUAUGUACGGGGUGGUCCACCAAUGGCUAGGUUUGCCGAGAAUCCUAUGGGACCCAGGCAUCAGAUGCCGCCGUUUACUAAUGCCUCGCCUGUAAAUCACAAUAUGCAGCAACCUUCACCACCUCCCAAUCGACCGCCUGGUAAUUUUUCGCCGUAUCAUCCGCCUCCGCCACCUAAUUAUCACUACGGUGCCUAUCCGCCGCCUCCGCCAAUGUCUACAGCAGACGAUGCAGCUGCCUACCAGAGUUCACCGUAUCCCUCGGAGCAUUUCUCCUCGCCGGCAGACAACCAACCACCGAUUCAAGGACCGCCUCAGGCGCCAUCGCAGCAAUCGCAUCCGAAUGAUGAAGACCAUGGGACCGGCGAAUUUGGCGGCCUGGUAUCUUACUUUAGUAGCCAGAGAGAGGACGAUCUCGAUUCGUAGCAUGAGUGAGAGCUUGGCCAACCCUAAAUCAUUAGGUAGGGGGAGCGUGCCCAGGUAAGACCGCAACUUUUGCUACAGAGGGAAAAGUGGUAACGUAGACGCACGAAGUAGAAUACGAACUUUGGAUGAUCUAACUUUUCAAGGAUAUUAGUGCGUAUGUCACGUGGAAAUAAAACUGUAGAGUCUUCCUCUUCGACCUCUAAAGCAAACAGUUGUCCUGUAAUCCUUGCACUUCUUACGCCGCCGGAGGCAAAUCUAAGGUUGGCCAAGUGUAGAGCGAAUGGAAUCAUAGUAACAUGGCGGAGCCUAUUUUUUAAGAGUUGUAAGUUUUUCUGUAAUUAGUUUUCAGUUUAAUUGGAUUUGUAUGCAACGACAUACGACCGUAAAAACUUUAAAUGAAGACAUAACGGUCAUUUUUCGUCUAUGAUAAGAUGAAAGAUCUGGCCAGAACCAUUUUUUACCAUUAUUCAUUAUUAUAAUCCGCUGAAAAUUCAAAUGAAGUUAUCUCCAGAAAGUUUUAGGGUGAGAAUGAAAUAUUCAUUCUUCGCGAAAUGGUAGUGUAUCCUGUGGAAGAAAAAAAAUGAUAAAUUGAUGAUCAUUAAUAAUGACAAGAAAGGAAUAAAAAUUAUCGAGUAAUUUUGAACGACAUCGUUAUUAACAUGUACAUAUUGUAAAUAUUCCGUAAGUCCUUUAGAUUAUGUAUUACAUGUAUUAUAUAUACACACAACACAUGCAGUCAUGCAAAAUACUACAAAAAUUAGUGCGGAAAGGGCACAAAUGUAAUAUUUAAAUUUAAUUCAAAAGAAUGACAUCUGAAUAUUAUAAAUUAACAAA